AUGAGCACUAAAAGCUGCUUCAAGUGUGGACGCACUGGCCACUGGGCCCGGGAAUGUCCUAAAGGUGGAACUCGAGGGCGAACACCAAAAAGUCGUGGCAAAGGAUCUCAAUGCAGCUCCGCCAGUCAGUCUGACAUCUGCUAUCGCUGUGGCGAAACUGGUCAUUACGCCAAGGACUGCGAUCUUCUCCAGGACACCUGCUACAGCUGCGGGAAAAGAGGUCACAUCGCUAAAGACUGUACCCAGCCGAAACGAGAGAGGGAGCAGUGCUGUUACAUCUGCAGUCGACCUGGUCAUCUGGCUCGUGAGUGCGACCGGCAGGAAGAGCAAAAAUGCUACAAUUGCGGCGAAUUUGGGCACAUCCAGAAAGACUGCACCCAAAUCAAGUGCUACAGAUGUGGUGAGAAUGGCCACAUGGCGGUGAACUGCAGCAAGGCAAAUGAUGUCAACUGCUACCGCUGUGGCGAACCUGGACAUCUAGCCCGGGAAUGCCCCAUUGAGGCUACCGCUUAG